AUGUCGACGUCCUUUUUAACUCGCGGUUUGUCGUCGUUUCUGUUUAAAUCCUUUGCAAUCGGUUCGACCAGCGGUGCCGGACGAAGUGCUGGCCUUAAUCAGUCGUUGUUUCAUUCGACUAGCAACACCGAACCGGAGGAUUCCGUCCGAUUUGAUAAACUGCAAACGGUCCCGAGUGCUUGCAUACAUUUGUUCGUGACCCUUGCCCUGACGGUCAUUUCAGUGAUCUACACUCUUCAGCAGUGCGAUACCGGAUCAGUUUGUCUGUAUUACUACAUGCUGCUCUACCUACGAGGCGUAUAUUGGGCUAUAAUCUACUUAAUCCAUCUGUACACAAAGAGUCGUCAUCAGAAUCUGAACUGGUGUGGUCAUCAUGUAUUUGCGAGGCAGAUUCAUCGGCACAAGAAAUCCAGCCUACAGCUCGUGACGUUAUCGAACAUGGUUCUUCUAACGAUUCACACCGCCAUGGGUCACUACUUUGGGGAGGCAUUUCUGCAACACUGCAUUCUUGAUGGAUUUUCAUCGGUUGUGUUCGUUGCAUUCUUUACGCUACUAGAGACGCUGAUAAUUGUACCGGUGCAGCUGUCUUACAUUGUUCAAGUUCGUGUGUUCAAUCUGACGCGACCACCGCCGGAUGUGCAACAAAGUGCAAACGUUUUGAGCCUGCAAAUUUGCCCCACGGAUGAAUACAGCGUCAACGAUAGCUUCAAGAGCGUAGCGGAUCCGAAGGAAUUUAUACAACUGCAAUCGGAGCUGAUACAGAAGCUCAAGGACGAAAAUAACGAGCUCGGAAGCAGGAUUCGGGAGGCGCGUAAUAUGGUAGAACUUGUUCCAAAUCAAUCUCUGGACUACUCGCUGGCAGAGCAGUCUUUCAUAGGAGGUUAUUGA